AUGGGUGCAGCUCUUCGAAUAUUUUGUGAGAUGCCCAAUCAUGGGUGCCCCCAAGAUUCAGAUACAUAUGGUACUUUGAUUAAUGGAUUGUGCAAGUUAGGAAAGAUUGGUGAAGCAAAGGAGCUCUUCAAUGAGAUGGAAACAAAAGGUUGUUUGCCCUCUGUUGUUACCUCUUUGAUGGAUGGACUUUGCAAGGGCGGGCAUUCUUCACAAGCAAUGGAACUAUUAGGCUUAAUGGUCAGUAAGCGCCAUAAGCCAAACAAUAUUACUUAUAGUACUUUGCUUCACGGAUUCUGUGAAGAAGGAAAGCUUCAAGAAGCUUUGGAGAUUCUAGAUAGGAUGAAGCUUCAAGGCAUGAAACCAGAUGCAGGGCUGUAUGGGAAACUGUAUCUUAGCAUGCGUACCAGGGGUAUCUCCAUAAAUAUGAAGACAUUUGAUACUCUAGUGAAAUGUAUCUGGAAGAAGGGGGACCUGCACAAAGCGUAUCAAAUUGUUGACGAGAUGGUGCUUGAUGGAUGUGUUCCAGAUGAGGGAAUAUGGAGUUCCAUGGUGGAUGGGUUUUGGAAUUGCAAGAAGGUGCGUGGACCUGCUGAAUUGUUGCAGGCUGAGCUGAUGAGCGAAAUGGUUGAUCCAGAAACAUAA